UAAUGGGCUGCAUUAAAAGUAAAGAGAAUAAAAGUCCAUCCAUUAACUACAGAACUGAAAACCCUCCAGAGUCUGUCAGUACAAGUGCCAGUCAUUAUGGAGCAGAACACACUUCACUGGUGCCAUCGUCGUCAACAAAGGGGACCUCUUCAAAUUUUAGCACUCUUUCAAUGGCACCGUUUGGAGGAUCAUCAGGUGUGACACCUUUCGGCGGAACAUCUUCCUCUUUCUCAGUGGUGCCAAGUUCAUAUCCUACUAAUCUAACAGGUGGUGUUACAAUAUUUGUGGCCUUAUAUGAUUAUGAAGCUAGAACUACAGAAGAUCUUUCAUUUAAGAAGAGUGAAAGAUUUCAAAUAAUUAACAAUACGGAAGGAGACUGGUGGGAAGCAAGAUCAAUUGCUACAGGAAAGAAUGGUUACAUCCCUAGCAAUUAUGUAGCGCCUGCAGAUUCCAUUCAGGCAGAAGAAUGGUAUUUUGGCAAAAUGGGUAGAAAAGAUGCUGAAAGAUUACUUCUGAAUCCUGGGAAUCAACGAGGUAUUUUCUUAGUAAGAGAAAGUGAAACUACUAAAGGUGCUUAUUCCCUCUCUAUUCGUGAUUGGGAUGAAGUAAGAGGUGACAAUGUGAAACACUACAAAAUUCGAAAACUUGACAAUGGCGGAUACUAUAUCACAACGAGAGCACAAUUUGAUACUCUGCAGAAACUGGUGAAACACUACACAGAACAUGCUGAUGGUUUAUGCCAUAAGUUAACAGCUGUCUGUCCAACUGUGAAACCCCAGACUCAAGGUCUCGCGAAAGAUGCUUGGGAAAUCCCUCGAGAAUCUUUACGACUAGAGGUUAAACUAGGGCAAGGAUGUUUUGGUGAAGUAUGGAUGGGAACAUGGAAUGGAACCACGAAAGUAGCAAUCAAAACACUAAAGCCAGGUACAAUGAUGCCAGAAGCUUUUCUUCAGGAAGCUCAGAUCAUGAAAAAAUUAAGACAUGAUAAACUUGUGCCUCUAUAUGCUGUUGUUUCUGAAGAGCCAAUUUAUAUUGUCACUGAAUUUAUGUCCAAAGGGAGCUUGUUAGAUUUCCUCAAGGAGGGCGAUGGAAAGUAUUUGAAGCUCCCACAGCUGGUUGAUAUGGCUGCUCAGAUUGCUGAUGGCAUGGCAUAUAUUGAAAGAAUGAACUAUAUUCACCGAGACCUUCGGGCUGCUAAUAUUCUUGUAGGAGAAAAUCUUGUGUGCAAAAUAGCAGAUUUUGGUUUAGCACGGUUAAUUGAAGACAAUGAAUAUACUGCAAGACAAGGUGCAAAAUUUCCAAUCAAAUGGACAGCUCCUGAGGCUGCACUUUAUGGUCGAUUUACAAUAAAAUCUGACGUAUGGUCGUUUGGAAUUCUGCAGACAGAACUGGUAACCAAAGGCAGAGUGCCAUAUCCAGGUAUGGUGAACCGUGAAGUACUGGAACAGGUGGAGCGAGGAUACAGGAUGCCUUGUCCCCAGGGCUGUCCAGAGUCCCUCCAUGAUUUGAUGAACCUUUGUUGGAAAAAGGAUCCUGAUGAAAGACCAACAUUUGAAUAUAUUCAGUCCUUUCUGGAAGACUACUUCACUGCUACAGAGCCACAGUACCAGCCGGGAGAAAAUUUAUAA